AUGACCGACGCGGUGGUGGGCGGCAGCGCUGACCGGUGGAUGUGCCCCGGUGACAGGACCAUGUCUCUCCGGACCAGUAGCGAGAAGGAGCAGCUCCCCGCAGGCUGGACGGCGCGGGGCGGCCAACCCGACCGGCAGCGCAAGGGCGAGGAGCUGACAGACGAGGAGAAGGAGAUCAUCAACCGCGUCAUUGCUCGCGCUGAGAAGAUGGAGGAGAUGGAGCAGGAGCGCAUUGGGCGCCUGAUGACACGGCUGGAGGACAUGCGCCGAAGCGUGCUGGGGGACGGUGUCAACCGCUGCAUCCUCUGUGGGGAGCAGCUGGGGCCGCGGGGGUCCGCCUGUGUCGUCUGCGAGGACUGCAAGAAGAACGUCUGCACCAAGUGCGGGGUGGAGACCACCAACAGCCGGCCCCACGCCAUCUGGCUCUGCAAGAUCUGCAGUGAGCAGCGGGAGGUGUGGAAGCGCUCCGGUGCCUGGUUCUUCAAGGGUUUGCCCAAGCAAAUGCUGCCCCAGCCGAUGCCUGUCAGCAAGAACAGGGCACCCCAAGCCUCCAGUGAGCCCACCCCAUCGGAGCCCCCCGUCCCGGACCCGAAACUCCCCUCCCGCGCACCCACCCGAGGCCAGGCGGACGCGGGCCCCCCGGCCGAGCAGGACCCCGAUGGCAGUGAGGCAAUGGCGGCAGCUGCCCGGGGGAGCCACGCAGCACCAGGCCGCAAACCGGCCGAGGGCAGAGCAGGCCCGUGCGGUGACGGGGACACCGACAGCCGCGACUACGCCCAAGAGAGUGGGGUCAGCAGGAGCCCAGGCCUCAAGAGGACCAACUCCAUGCACGCCUACAGCAGCGGGAAGACCGGGUCCCGGGGCGGCUGGCCGGUUCCCAGAGAGACAAG